AUGAUAGCAGAGGGCCUGGCGGGCCCGCCAGGGCAUCUGCGUCUGGGUCCGAUGAACUUCGGCCCUCUGUUCAUGUGCAGCAAGCGGGACACCCAUCACCAGCUUGUCCGGCUAGCGGCAGAUGCCACGAUGCCACCGAUCCUUCGCAGAGCAAUUCGCUCAGCGCAGAGACGAGUGCUGUCCUUCUUCGAUGGCAACAAUGCCCAGGCGGAAGAUAACCCAGAGCCUCUCCUGGACGUUGUUCAGCAGUACCCUGCGGAGGCGGCAUGGUUCAUCAAGGUCGUGAUGUUUUACGGCAGCGUCUCGAGCCUGGUGACCGUUUUCCCUUGUUGCCUCUUCUUGAUGGUGUACUGGAGCCCCUGCAGGCUCUGCAACCGACCACUGCGAUGUUGGCUUGCGUUGCACUGCAUCCUACAGCUCCUGCAAGCCCCGGUUCGCAUGGUCUUCUACUACAGAGUGCGGGAAAUUCAGCGACUGAACGGAGACCUCCAGGAGUGUGUCCGUCAGCUUACCCAAGCACCUGCUUGGAGAACUAGCAAGGCAGUGUCAAUAACGAGCUAUGCGUGGUUCGUGCUGGGGGUGGUGUGGCUGCUGAACUCCAGCUACUGCGAACCUUGCCCUUGGCUCUACAGGUUGUCCCUUAUGGUGGUCGUCUUCUCCUUCUUGAAGCUGCUCAUAACCCUGGUAGUCUUCAAUCGAUGCUUUCCAGUGAGAGGGGAGGCAUCCACGCAGCACAAACCGCGGGGAGCCCCGCAGGAACUCAUUGAUGCCCUGCCCGUGCACGAGUUUGGCUCAGAGGAGCCGGCCGGCCAGGAGGAUGAUUGCAGCGCAGCGACGGCUGAGAUCCAUCACCGCCGCCAGGCAGGCGAGCGGCGGCGGGAGAGCAGCUGCGCAGUUUGUCUUUGUGACUUCGAGCGAAAGGACCUAGUGCGUCGCCUGCCUUGCAAUCACGUUUUCCAUCAAAGCUGCAUCGAUCGAUGGCUCCGACGGAACCAGGUCUGCCCACUAUGUCUCCGGGAGGUCAAGGCCCCUUCCGAGAAUUCCCUGGCACGUAGGCUGCUGGGUGAUCGCAAGCCAGAAGACAGGUAA